AUGUCUGACCCCAGUGAGCGGCCUUCGGAGUCAAUGGCCGGCCCAGAUACCUCUGGCCUGAAGCCGCUGUCCAAUGCCAAUGACGACGAGCUGCAGUCCCUGUCAAACCCCAACAACGCCGAGCUGACCCGGAUCAUGGGCCGUGCGGGCAUUGCGGUGACAAAUGGCGGGUUCCCGCUCGAUGACCCCGAGGACGAGGAAGAGGUGGACGAGGACUACGUCGCCGUCGACCAGGAAGAUGUGAACGACUACCCCUACUGGUUCCGCCGGCCCCCAACUCACCACCGCACCAAGCUUGAUGAGCUGCACCCGUUCGUCCAGCUGCUUUCGGUAUCCAAUGUGGAGGACUGUGUCAAUGUCGAGAAUGCCUUCCCGGAGCCGGAGCGCUGCUCGCGUGACAAGUUCAUUUACCGCCUUACUCGUUGUCCGGAACUCAGCCUGGGUAUCUUUACUCUGCCCGUGCUUGAAGAAGGCAAGCCCAAGCCCCGAGCGACUCUUAUUGGACAUAUCAUCGCCACCCGGACCUCAGAGCCCUUGGUGACGGACCGAGCUAUGUGCCUGCCGAAUAGAUGGCAAGAUGAGCGCUGGGCCUUUGAGAACAACGAGGCCGUUGGCCAUGAAGAGGGUGGCAGCACCAUCGCCAUACACUCCGUAGCCGUGCUGCCGGAGCACCAGGGCAAGCAGGUUGGCAGCACCCUCCUGAAGUCGUACAUCCACCGUAUUCGUGAGGCCCAGAUUGCGGACCGGAUUGCCAUUAUCACUCAUGAUCAUCUGGUUCCUUUCUACGAGUCGUUCGGUUUUGAGUCCCGCGGCCUUAGCAAGUGCCAAUUCGGUGGAGGUGGCUGGGUGGACUUGGUUUUGCAGCUUGGUAAUGAGUCGAGCUAG